AUAAUUUCAGAAUUUUUUUAGACGCUCAUACGGGAUACGUGGAUGGAAUUUAUUCACAACACAGUUUACUUAAUUAAUUCGUGUUUUUGAGGCCUCAAUAAGAAUACACCUCCGCAAAAGUUCUUGGGUUGUCUGAAUUAAAACUGUUGACAACCACUCGAGUAAAGUCAGCUGAGGAUAUCAUAGAGAAAACGGUGCAUAAAUAGUGAAAGUAUAACCUAUCCAACCUCUCUCGAGAAGGUUCGUUAUGUUAUUGCCCACAUCUUUCAAUUGUCGACCAGUGAUCUCUAUACUGAAGUACUAAAAGUGCAAGAUCCGUGAAUGGACUCAUUUGUUGAUUAGACUCUAUUCUCUCAAAAAUGCCGAAGUAUUAUUGCGACUACUGUGACACAUACCUAACCCACGAUUCGCCGAGUGUAAGAAAAACACAUUGUCAGGGUCGCAAGCACAAAGACAAUGUGAAAUAUUUUUACCAAAAAUGGAUGGAAGAACAAGCCCAGCAUUUGAUCGACGCCACCACUGCAGCAUUCAAAGCUGGUAAAAUAGCAUCGAAUCCAUUCGCCGCUAACAAGGGAGCUGCGAUUCCACCACCGCCAAGUCUAGGCGCGAGACCCGGAGUUCCUCCUCAAGGCCCUCCGGGAAUGAUGCAUCCUCCAGGAAUGCACGGUGGUCCUAUGGGACCUGGCGGUCCGAUGAUGAUGGGUCCUCACGGACCAAUGGGACCAAUGAUGGGAAUGAGGCCUCCGAUGAUGGGACAUAUGGGGCCAAUGGGGCCAAUGAUGGGACCGAUGGGUCCAAUGGGACCGAUGAGACCGCCGAUGAAUGGGCCACCACCAACGAUGAGCGGACCACCGCAGAUGAAGACAUAGCUUUGAAAAAUCCACAGUGGUCAAAGACUCACCAAAAAUUAAGUUUACUCAGUUUUCAAUACCUGAACAUCUGCAAUGCUAAAAGGCUGGAUGGUUUAAAGUCACACUCAACUCCAAGGUCUGUUUUCUAACUUCCAGAGUUUAAGUCAUGUUGCGAAGAAACCUGAGCCUUUUGUUCAAACAUGGAUGAGUUAUUAUUCAGAAAUAACAUUAAAGUUUUUCAGCAAAGCAAUUGUAUUAUCAAAAGGAAUGAAAAAUAAAUUUUCAUAUUGUA